AUGCCAGCCUCCUCCAGCCACCCUGCCGGGGUCUUCAAGGGGUUGCUGUCCUGCAAUGGGUCUUCUCCUACUUGGGGCUCGGUGUGCCUUGCUCUGCUAAGCCGAGCAGGGACACACGGAGGGCAGGAGGCCACCGAUCUCCCUGGGUCCGCAGCUGGGCCAUCUGGAGACAUUUCCGAGAUUAGGUCCCUGUCUUCGCUGGUUAAAACCGCAGAACUGGAUCCCUCCGGCAACUACCUCUUCGGCUUCCACCCUCACCGGGUCCUGGUCACCGGGGCCUUCAGCAACUUCUGCACGGAGGCCACCGGCUUCUCCAGCCUCUUCCCCCGCCUCCUGCCAUACCUCCUCAUGCUGCCUUGUUGGUUCUACCUCCCUCUCUUCCGGGACUACAUCAUGUGCAUCCGGGCCCCCUCUCCCCUCCCCCCAGGUUUGGUGUCCUCUGACAAGGCCAGCGGCUGCCUAUCUGUUGUCCCGGCCUGGGGGGCGCCAGGUGGCGGUCCUGGCGUGGGAGGGCCCCUGGAAGCGCCGGAAGCAAAAGCCGGCGAGCUGCUUUUGUGGAUCCGGAAUCAGAAGGGCUUUGUCCCGUUGGCGCGGGAACUCGGGCACAACGAGCUCUUCCAGCAGUUCCCAAACCCUCCCGGCUCGCGGUUGCGGAGCGCGCAGGAGGCGCUGCCGCCGCUGCUGAGCGUGGCCCUGCCGCUGUUUCAAGGCCCCUUGGGCCUCCUCCUGCCUUUCCGCACGCCCAUCCACACCGUCGAGGGGGCCCCGAUCCCGGUGCAGCGAAGCCCGCGGCCCAGCCGGGAGCAGGUGGACGCGCUGCACGCGCUGUCGGUGGAGCGGCUCGCGCAGCGGUUCGACGAGCGCAAGGCGCGCCACGGCCUCGCCGCCCACCCGCACCUCCUCCUCGCCCGGCGCCCGCGGCGGCGGUGCGACCGGAGGGAAAUUCAACGUGGCAACAGAGCUGCGGUGUGUGCGUGUCUGUGCGGGGCCGUGCCUCCGGGUGAUCUUGAUUCUCCCGGAGGCCUGCACCCAGAUCCGGGGCGCGCAGCGGGGGCGUGCCCGGCCGCCCUGCAGCUCCCACGGUCUCAGCGGAGCUUCUGGCCCCUGCCGGCGGCUGGGACCCGGGGUGGGGGGGCGGGCUCCCCAAGCUCCUUGUGA